UUUUUCGUUAAAUACUUUACUUUAUAUUGUUUUGUGAGAGUAAAUAUUGACUGGAUGACAUAUAUUAAUUAUUCAUACAUAACCACAUUAAUGAACAAGACAUUUAUAAUAAACAAUGUUCCAUUAUUUUGUUGUUGAAAUUCAUAACAUAUAACAGCUUCAGAAAUAAAUAAAUGAAAAACAUUUAAUUUCAAAUUGACAAUUUGACAUUUAAAUUUUAGGUUAAGUUGCAGAUUACCUGACAGGUAAACAUGCACAGUAAACAUUAGAAGGACCAACAGAAUAAGCUGAAACUCACCAGAAUUUACCGCUUGUAUUAGAAAUAAGCCAAUGGAAUCGUCGGAAAUAAUUAGACAUUCAGCUAACAUGAUUGUAAACAUCUUAUAUCGCUUACUCGUUAUUAAACAUUAGUGAUUGUAUUAAGCUAAUGUAUCCCAGUGUGUUUACGAAGAAAAAUGUCAUCGCUUCCUCCGAGGAAAAAUCCAACGCCAACCAAAAUAUCGAAACAACACCUGUCUCCUUUGCAAGUGCUACUUCAACUUGGUUUUCCAAAACACAGAGCUGAAAAAGCAUUGGCAGCCACAGGAAAUGAAACUGCACAUUUAGCAUCCGAUUGGUUGUUGGCUCAUGUCAAUGAUCCCUUGCUCGAUGAUAAUUCUCCAAGAGAAUACAUUUUGUAUGCUUGUCCCACUGGGAGUUUAUUACAUCAACUUCAAGGGUUUUGGAAAAAGUCUUUACAAUUGUGUGGGUGGAAUGGGGCUCAUAAUUAUACUCCACACAUUACACUUGUAUCAUUUUUUAAGGCUCCUGAUGAAGAUGCACCCAACUUGGCACACAGUUUAAAGUCCAUUAUGGAUAGACAAGGUGCAAAAUUGAAUGAACCUCUAAAAUUGGAGACAUAUAUUUCUCCAAAUUUUAUGGGCUUUUUUGUAGCUGAAGAACAUGCAGACUAUUUGAAAAGAAUUGCUAUGCAAUAUGUUAAAGAAGUUUCUAAUGCUAUAAUUAGUGAUACUUAUGAGCAUUUUGAUGCUCUAACAGCCUGUUUUCCUUGGUGUACAACGACUACAGCUCGCUGCAUUCCAAGGGGCAGUAGAUCCAUAAGCUUGGAGCCACACGUAAAAUCUCUUCAUCUAACGCUUGCAUAUCAAUUUCCCAACUCUCAGUACACAAAUCUCAAAACUUUGGUGGAAGAAUUGGAUCCAAAUGUUUCUUGUAACUGGGAACUGAGAUUAUAUUCACGAGAUUCAAGAGUUAAUGGAAAACAAGUUCACAAGGUAAUUCAAGCCCACAGUCCUAUCGAACACGACGAGCUCGACUUAAUAAACGGUGAUUAUGUAUAUAUAGGCAGCGAAGCUGUGAGUAAUUCCGCCGAUGGUUGGGUUGAAGGUACCUCAUGGCUUACGGGAAACUCUGGCCUUCUGCCCGAAAAAUAUACUGAACGUACUGCUGAAUCUGACGCUUGGACUCUCCACAAAAAAGUCGACCUAACUCUGACGACUGAAAUCAAACCUUCCCCGGCCAAGACUAAAACUUAUCCAGAACACUCUGUGUUGAACAACGACGAAAUUUGUAUACCAAAAUUCAAUCCUGACGAUAUUAAAGACAUAGAGAUGGACGAGAAGCUAAUGGCAGCCAAGGAAGUUAUCUACCAAAAUCUACUUGACAUGAAGAGCAAGGGAUAUGGCGAUACUGACGUGCCGGAGACCCCGAGCAAAUCAAGAAACAUAUACAUCAUGCGACACGGAGAAAGAAUUGAUUUUGCGUUCGGCAGCUGGGUACCUUAUUGUUUCGAUGACACUGGUAAAUAUAUACGAAAGGAUUUAAAUAUGCCAAUAAAUUUGCCAAUUCGGAGUUCCGGUCCAAAAGGAUAUCUCAGAGAUACGCCGCUGACUAACGUCGGCGUAUUUGAAGCAACUUUGGUCGGCAGAAAUCUGAAGGAAAACAACGUCGUAAUCGAUCAUGUAUAUUGUUCUCCGUCGUUCCGCUGUAUACAGACGUGUGACGCUGUCUUACAAGGCAUGAAUAGUAAGGAUAGUCUAAAAAUUAAAAUUGAGCCCGGCUUAUUUGAGUGGCUUGUGUGGUAUCCUCAUGGUUUACCUGAAUGGAUGACAAAGGAAGAAUUAAAAACCGGAGGCUACAAUAUCGACGAAAACUACGUACCAUUUAUUAAAGAAAAGGAUUUAAAAGAGUCGCCAGAAGGUUGUGAGCAGUUUUACCUUAGGAGUGCCUUUGUUACAAGGGGAGCACUUGCUGCUCACGUUACUGGAAAUAUUUUAUUGGUGGGACAUGCUGCAACUUUAGACGUUUGUUCAAGAGAACUAGUGGGAAAACCACCCAGAAAUGUACAUGAGAUGACUAAACUUAUCCAGAAGGUACCAUAUUGCAGUUUGGUGUGCUGCAAGAGUGUUGAAGAUAAAUGGGAAAUCAGUGAACCUCCCUGCAUGCCCAUUACUCAUACCACAAAUCAAAGAUUUGAUUGGAAAAUUCUGACAAAUUAAAAUUGAAAGGGAUUAAUAACGUUGUAUUUUGCCAGCAGCUAAAUUAGAUUGAUUCGUCCAUAAAUAGCCUUCAACAUAUAAGCUUUUAUGAUAGUUCAAACGUUAUUGUACCAUAUAAUAACAUUUUUGCUAAGGCAAGGUACUUCGCAACACUUUACAAAUUUUAAGUCGCUAACUAUUGGCAUUAGAUUCUCUUUAUGUUAUAAGACUGAUGUAAACUAACCUGUUAUCUAGUAACGAUAUGGAUUCCCUUUUAAUAUUGUGAUAUCCUCUCGAAUGUUAUUGCUUUCAGAAUGUGUUGGUUAAUUUUAUACAUAUCCAAAGUUUUGGGAGGUAAAAAAUCAAAAUUUAUGUGUGUAAUUGAUUAUUUUAAAUCAUUUAAAUAGAAUACUUCAAGAUAAUAGAUAUAAAUGUACUAUACUAUGUGUUUUGUCUAUUGCAUUGACCGUCUGAUUUUAUUAAUAGUGUAAUUGUCGGGUUUUAGGUGUUUAAAUUACAAGUUCCGGAUAAAAUGAAUAUAUUUAGCUUUAAAAACCUGAAAAAUGUAGCAUAUUUGUAUCCCUUUUCUUGUGAUAUUAUAAUCAUACAUUGUUCGACAUCUAAAUUGACAAGAUACUGCUUAUUGCGGAAGCUUUUGAAAUCAGAAUAAUGUAUGAUUUACAUUUACAGUACAAUAUUUUCUCUCUAUGUCAAGAUCAAUACUCUAUCUUAUAAUUAUAUUUACUUUUUGCAAAAUUUUAUUUGCAAACUAUGUUUAUUAUUAUUAUUAAAUAUAUAUUUUUAAAGUUG